AUGACUGAUCUCGUGGGGAAGCCUGUUGACCUGGGAACAUGGCUGCAGUGGUACGCGUUCGACGCCAUUGGAGCAAUCACAUUCAGUUCAAGGUUUGGGUUCAUGGAGGAACGAAGGGAUAUCGAAAACAUGAUUGAAGGGAUCGACUUUGGCCUCUUCUACGCCGGCAUCGUGGGACAGAUCCCCUUUCUUCAUCGAUUCCUUCUGGGCAACAUGACUUUGAUGAACAUCAGAAGUCGACUGGCGCCCCAUGCGCCCGACCCAGUGGCGACGGCUACAAGGAUGGUACUGAAAUGUCUCGCGGAAUAUGAUGAACGAGAUUCAGAGUCUUCCGACAAGAGGGCAGAUUUUUUGGCCUAUCUACGCGGACAAGAAAAGAGUGGAGGGAGUCGGAUAAGCACCCGCGACAUGAUGAACCAUUUGAUGAACAAUUUGCUAGCCGGAAGUGACACAACAGCCAUCUCCCUCAGAGCUGUCUUCUAUUACGUGAUACGUGAUCGUCGGGUUUACGAAAAGCUCCAACAGGAGAUCGACGAAGCCGACAAGGCUGGAAAGCUGUCACGGUUCGUUACAUUUGCCGAGAGUCUUGAGCUGCCAUAUCUGCAAAUAUGUCUCAAGGAAGCCAUGCGAAUGCAUCCUGGAGUAUCCUAUCCUUUGGAACGAAUCGUCCCAGAGGGAGGAGUAGAACUCUGCAACCAGUAUCUUCCAGCUGGUACCAUUGUUGGUGUAAAUGCUGCAGUGAUUCAUCGUGACAAAACCAUUUUUGGCACCGAUGCCGAUCAAUUCCGGCCAGAGCGCUGGAUUCAGUCUGAGUCUAACUGUGAUGUCCAAAACAUGGAACGCCAUCUCCUUACGUUUGGAAGUGGAGUAAGAACCUGUAUUGGUAAGAACAUCUCAAUCAUGGAGAUGGGGAAAUUCAUUCCUCAGAUCCUGCGCCAGUUCCACCUCGAAUGGGCAUCGGAUAAGCCGACGUGGGAUGUGAAAACCUGGUGGUUUGCUAAACAGUCGGGAAUGUUCGUUACCUUUACCACGCGGAAUAGGUCCUAA